AUGCACCAGUUCAUUAAAUCGCCUAAUGGCAGCUAUGGAAAAGUAAAAACCUUAUCCCGAAAGCUUUUGCUCUUUAAAAGGAUAAUGAGCAAUGGCGGCAGGGAGGAGCGCCGGGGACCGAAACUCAGUCGUCACCAGUGUCCGGGCUGCGUGUCCGCGCCCGGCGGGCGGCUCCCCACCUCUCGGGGGUCCGGGGACCUGGGAUGCCCCAUAGAACUCUCACAGGCGAACACGAGGAGCUCCAAAAACAAAUUCGCCCCGGGUCGUGUGUGGGAGGUGCCGGGCGCCUGUGCCAGCCUGCACGCUGCCUGCCCGGGGAAAGACAAAGCAUCCCUCCGGGAGCCAGCAGCGCCGGCCGCCCACCUGCCGCCCGGAGGUCUCCGGGGCCGGCGGAGGGAGAGGGCGCUGGGAGCCAGGCGAGGGCCGGGAUGCGGAGAGGCGGGGAGGCGGCCAGGCGGCCAGCGGGCGCGCGCGGUGGGCGGCGGCGGCGGCGGCGGCGGCGGAGGAGGGGAGCGCGGGUGGGCGGGCGGCGCCACGUCACGGCUAUUGUGGCUGUCCCGGUAUAUAAGGUCCCGCCCGCCAGCCGCCCUCCCCACCUUGCCUGCGCCCGCCCGGAGCCAGCGGUCCUUCACGUACCUCGCAUCCAGUGAGGUCCUGGCGCACGCUGGGGCUUGGGGUCCGCGCCCUAGGGGGGGUGGGGCCGCCCCCUGGGGACUGGCUUGUGCCCCCCACCUCGGGCCACGGGCCCGGACUCGGAGAGAGAAUCUAGUAGAAUCAGACCUGGUGGGACGGCAAUGUGGAGCCCACUUUCCACUCCGUGGCGGCUGCCUCCACCCUCCGCGGCCCCGGAAACAAAGCACCUCCGCGCGUGGGCUGGGAGGACUCCGCCCCACCUCGGGUUCCGCGCAGCCCUUCCCAGGCAGCCUGACGCCCACCGCCUGCUUUCACCCAGAAGUCCGAGGUGCUAGCGGGGAAGAGAAGGUGCGCUCCCCACCUCUGGAGCGCCUGGAGACCUCAGGCCCUUUGGGGAGGUCGUCCCUGGAUCCCAUGAACACCCCGCUUCCCUCUACGAGUGUCUUCGCGUCCCCAGCGCACCACACAAAGAGAGGGGACGAUACCCUUCGGGGGCGCUGCUCUCGUCCGUUCUCCGCUCAGAGCUGGUUCGUGGAUCCCGAGGAAGCCGCGGCUACCUGGCCCUAUCAACCCACCUCAGUCCCGCGUGUUUCGGGGCUGAGGCCUGGGCGGGGACCCUCUCCUGACCCUGUGCUCUCCCGAGGACGACUUUACAGUGGAAGUGCUUUUUCCUGGAAGCACAAGCUAUUGGAUUUAUUCAAAUCAAACAACUGUUGUAACGCCUCCAAGUAAUUCCUCCCAGCAUACCUCAGCUGCCCCCAAUCCAGCGAAUGCCACCACC